CCAACAUUUUCAGUGGCACAGGGAGGACCGCAUGAAAGUUGUGCCCGUCUCUGUGUGGCUGCUCGUUGCGCUGAGCCAGAGACUCCGCCCCUUUACGAGCAUCAGGACACCUUGAGCACAACAAAGCAUGUGUCGCUGCGAAACGUCGUUCCUCCCCUGAACGUGCGGAAUAUACGCCAGCAGAUUAUCGGAUAUUUUUGGGGCUCCCUUUUCGACUCCCUUGAUGCUACACCCAGAGUAGUGGCUACCAUGACAACAGAGGCGAGUGCUGUGAACGAGGCCGACACCGAGGGCAAGCAGAAGAGCGGCCGCGCUCCGCAAGAACCCGAACCCGUGCAGCAGGAGGCGACCGCGACUGAGCAGGAGGGGGAGCCGUCAAGCAAGAAGGCCCAGGAGCAGGCGGCUGAGCCUGGGCCUGCACCUGUAGCCACCUCCCCUGAGGAGGAGCAGCUAAAGCCUCGUACCAGGACCUCUGCCGGCAAGGGCCUCUCGCGCCUCUUCUCCUCUUUCCUCAAACGGCGCUCUCAGUGCUCGGAGGGCGAGGGCUUCGAGGCAGAGAAAGCCAGCGACGAAAAGGCAGACAAAGAGAAAGCUGACAGCCCUGAAGGAGAGAAGGUGGAAGAGGUGAAGAGUGAGGACAAGGAGACUAAAGCUGUGGAGGACAAACCAGAAACCAAAGAAGUUAAAAAGAAAGAAGAAGAGAAAAUACAAGAAAAAGAGGAGAUAAAGAAAGUGGAGGAAAAGGUUGAGAAGAAAGGCAGUAAAAAGAAAAAGAAAGAAGGGAAGAAGAAAGCCGAGGAAAAGGAUGAAGUCAAAGUGAAAAGGGACGAGACACAAAAGGAGGAAGAAAAGUCAGAAAAGCAAGAGGAGAAAAAGGAGGAAAAGGUGAAGACAAGUCUAGAGAAGGAGGAGGCAAAAGCUGAGACAAAAGAAGAAGAAAAGAAGCAAACCACUGAGGUCAAAGACAACAAAGGGGCAGAGGCCAGGAAGAAAGACGAAGGAAAGGUAGACAAGAAGGAAGCAAAGAAAAAGGAAAAGGAGGAAAAGCUGAAGAAAAAGGAAGAGGAAAAGGCCAAAAGAAAAGCAGAGGAGGAGUAG